AUGGGCGGCUGGUGCGCCGUCUACCUGGCCGACACCUUGCUCAGGUCCUCCGCCACGCACCGGAUCAGCUACGAGUCCUGGCUGGCCUCCCGGGGGCUGAUGCUGUCUCCCUUCCACGUGCGCUGGCAGACCACCAUGUUCAACCGGCUGUUCGCCCACUGCGCGCGCAUCAACCCCCGGGCGCUCUACCUGUGGUUCAACAGCGGCCUGGUGUUCGGCGUGGUCGCCAUGUUCGGCUCGGUUGUGCUUCUGGUCAGAACCCUCCAGCAGACGUACGCGCAGAUGACCACCGACAACCCUCGGAUCGGAGGUCAGCAGGCGCUCCAGGUGGUGGUCCCCGGCGUGAAUCUGCCCACCAGCCAGCUGGCCUACUUCUUCAGCGCCCUGCUGCUCAGCGGCAUUUUGCACGAGCUGGGCCACGCCGUGGCGGCUCUCAGGGAGCAGGUGAGGGUUAACGGCUUUGGGAUGUUUGUGUUCGUGGUCUAUCCCGGAGCCUUCGUGGACCUCUUCACCACACACCUGAACCUCAUAUCUCCCACCCAGCAGCUCCGCAUCUUCUGUGCAGGGGCUUCGUUAGCCCGCCUGCCCGCCGUCACACAGCUGGAUCUUUCCCGGAACAAACGUCUGUUCAACAGCGGCCUGGUGUUCGGCGUGGUCGCCAUGUUCGGCUCGGUUGUGCUUCUGGUCAGAACCCUCCAGCAGACGUACGCGCAGAUGACCACCGACAACCCUCGGAUAGGAGGUCAGCAGGCGCUCCAGGUGGUGGUCCCCGGCGUGAACCUGCCCACCAGCCAGCUGGCCUACUUCUUCAGCGCCCUGCUGCUCAGCGGCAUUUUGCACGAGCUGGGCCACGCCGUGGCGGCCCUCAGGGAGCAGGUGAGGGUUAACGGCUUCGGGAUGUUUGUGUUCGUGGUCUAUCCCGGGGCCUUCGUGGACCUCUUCACCACACACCUGAACCUCAUAUCGCCCACCCAGCAGCUCCGCAUCUUCUGCCGCGGGGUCUGGCACAACUUCGUCCUGUGCCUGCUGGCGCUGGCAUUCCUCUUCCUGCUGCCCAUCCUCCUGCUGCCCCUCUACUCCACCGGCGCCGGGGCGCUGGUCACCGAGGUGGUGCCGGGCUCGGCGGCCGACGGCCCCCGGGGGCUGGCCGUGGGGGACAUCGUCACGGCGAUGGAGGACUGCCCGGUGCGGGGCGUGGAGGACUGGACCGCCUGCCUGUCCCGGCUCUCCAGGGAACCGCAGACGGGCUACUGCGUCCCCGCCGCCAGCCUGCAGCCCAGCUGGGCCCACGGCCGAGGAAGCUGCUAG